AUUUUGAACAUAUCUAUCAGUAAUGUGUGCGGAGCGCCACAUCUUUGCUUACCGAACUACCGGCAAAAAUGGAUGCAGCACAGAACAUGGUUACCUCAAUGAGUCUUGGUGUGUUGAAGGAGCCCAGAGGGUUCAUCAGAAUUCUGCAAGUGAUUCUGGCCAUUUUUGCCUUUGCAACAACCUGUAGUGUGAGCACAUCUGUGAAGUUUAAGGUGUCAUGUGCGAACUCAACCCAACAAGAAGUGACUGUUCCGUUCUCAUAUCCAUUUGACCUACACAAAGUGAGUUUCCAAGUGAGCACUUGUGAAGGAGGAUCAGGAAAGCAAGACAUGAAAUUUGAGUCCGGUUCUGUGUCUUCGUCCCAGUUCUUUGUUGCUGUUGGUGUCCUGGCCUUUCUCUAUUCACUGGCAGCCAUUGUCCUCUAUGUCUUCUUUGACGACCUGUAUCGAAAGGAGAACAAAAUCAUAAUUGGGGACUUUGUGGUGACUGCUGUGUUUGCCCUGUUCUGGUUGAUCUCCUCAGCUGCUUGGGCAGAUGGUCUGAGCGAUGUCAAGUACAACACAGACCCUAAAACCGGGAUCUUCCCAAGUAGCACUGCCUGCAAACCGCCAACGGAUAACACAUGUACAACUCUGAGAUAUGGGGACUUCUCCAGCCUCAAUGUUUCCAUAAUCUUCGGCUUCCUGAAUAUGGUCGUGUGGGGUGGAAACAUCUGGUUCCUGUACAAGGAGACUCCAUGGUUUAAGUUUGAGAGGAAUUUGUAUGACACAACCAUGAUGUGAUAAUAUGACAGCCUGAAGGAAGCAGUGAAGCAGGAGAGAGCAGGGAGACAGCAGCAGUAAUUACAACCCAGACAGUCAGAUGCCCCAAGGCUCCAUGGGGGGCUCCCCAACUCAGCCGUCCGCCACUUAAACCCUGCAUACCUUCCUCCAGCGCUAACUACAGUUGAUUGUCACAGAGAUUUGCCCUUGUCUACGCAACAUGUUACAGAUUUUUUCAUUUGGCCCUGAGCUGUUGAUAUGGUUUGUUUUGCAGUUACUUUUCAAGCAGUUGUUAACAGCCAAGUUCUUGUCUCUUUUCCAGAACAUUUGUUUUGUGACCCCUCCUUGUUAAUCUUCUCUUUGUUCAUGUUUUUCUGUUCUAUGCUUACCACCAGGUAUGUUAGGAUUGAGUAACUUGCAUUAUAUUUGGCAAUCUCUCCAGGUACAAGUCUGAAAUCUGUGUAGCGUGGAAGCUACAUGUAUUUAUAACCUAUGAGAAUUUGGCCCUUAAGCAAGUUUUACUGUGAAGACAUUUAUUAGCCUACAAUUAAAAAAAAAAUAUUGGAAACCACUAUAGUUUGGAUACAUUACUUUGAAAAUAGUGACUUGUAACGUCAAAUGAACACCACAUCAUUCCCUGUACAUAUGAAUUUGUUAUCUUGUUUUGGUACCUUUGUUGCUGUAACCAAUUCCUUCAUUAUUAACCUGGGUAAGAUGGUAUUUUCAGUUGUUCUCUUUACAAGCCUGGAUUUGAUGAUAUUAUUGUAUUGUCAUUAGCGGAGAUGGAUGUUGAAGAAAUAACAGCUUUGUUCUUGCCUGCAACUGUCAGUGUUUAAAACAGCAUUUGUAUUUGAAUCAACCUUUUCCCCCUAUAAAUAAACACUGAUAAACUCUCUUAUGUAUGCAUCAGCUACGCUUUUAGUCUCCUCUUGUCAUUAAUGCUUGCAAUAAAUGUUUGUGUUUUAAUACAACUUACAGGACAAAGUGUGAACAGAACAUAAAAUGUGUUACAGGCAAGGAAGCUCCAUAAAGAGCUUGAAGUCAGUGUGUUAUUAGUUUUUAAAAACUUCUCUCUUUGUAGUAUACAGUAUAAGUUGGUAGUCUGUUAGCCAGGCAGUGUUUUAUCUUGAACUGUGCUUCUUGGGAAAAACUUGUAAGUUCUAAGAUGAUCACUGUUGGUUUCCCUUUGUUUCUGUCUGAGAAUAGUGAAGUUUUCUGUCUGAUUGCUGAAUGCGACAGCUGUGUUUCCAGGUAUAUUUCAUCCAAAAAGUGCUUUUUCAGCCACAAUUUAUUAACUUUUUUUAUGUACCAUAAGAUUCAUAUACUAAUCUGCCUCUUUUAGCUACGAGUGAGAACAUAACUAUGAAACACCUGUUCCUUUCAGGUUUUGGCAUCUUUGUGGAACAUAUAGGUAAUCUUUUGUAUAUUUUGUUGGUGUCCAACUGAUGUACAUGUGUGGGCAGCUAUGUGUAACUGUAUAUGUUAAUAAUUUUGCAAAUAUGAUAUUCCGUAAAUCUUUAUUUGAAGGCAUAAUUUUGUUGUAGAAUUGACAAUUUGUGAGUAUUUUCAAGACAAAAGUUGAAAGCUGCAUUAUGUGUGAGUUACCUUUGAAAUAUAUUUUAUAUCUGUUUAUCCAUCAGAAAUGUGAAAGCUUGUGUUUAUGGGAAUGUUGUGUACAAAAAGAGCAAUGGAAUAUUUACAACUGGUGUAAUGCAGACCUUCUAGACGUGAGAGAUCAAACAGAUGUCAGUGGGUCGUGCAACCAUAUUGACCAGUACCCACAUGAAAACAAGUGUGCUAGAUUUGCUGGCAGUGAGCAGUUGUCACAUCAGCAUUAUGUUAUUUGUUUGCAUCUGUAUGCUUUGGCUUUGAUGUGGAUGAAGGAACCUGGAACAUUAUUCUCCUUCUCCAAGUUAUUGCGUAUAAUAAUUUCUCUUUACUGACCAUCAUAUAGCUUUGUUUAAAGAUUUGUUCAUGCAGAAAUUUCAAUAUUUUGAACAAGUUAAUGUUAAUGUGGUUUGCCUUAGGCUCAGUUUUAUGUGGUCAAAAAAGAAUUUUAAAUUGGGAGCUGCUGAUUAAAAUGACAUCCAAUACAUUUGUUCCAUUCCAGAAUAAAAGAAAUAUUGAAUUUUUCAUACUAUUAUUUGAUCAGAGCAGCAUACCUGAUUUGGUAUUGUAACAAAAUUUUCUAUAUUUGUUCAUGCCUUGGAUUUUUAACAUUUUGUUAGGUACAUUUGUCUGGACAAGAAUUUUUUUUGUUUAAUUAGGUGAUAUUAUUUUCGUCAGUAGUGUAAGGCUAAUUUUAUUCAGGAAACAUGACUGUACAGAUUUUGUAUGUGAACUUCCUAAAUCUUUUAGUUUGGAAAUGAUUUUGACUAUUUAGAUACUAUGAGGUAGUUUAAACUCUAAUGCAUUCAUAUGGCAAGUUCUGCCCAGAUGUUUUGAACGUCAACAGUCUGAAAUUAAUGUAAAGAUACUUCUUUGAAUCAUCAUCAGAGCUUCGUACUAAAUGGAAAGGUAGUUGGGCUUGUGGUGUUCUGAAGUCAUCUUGAUAUUCAUAAAAAAUAAAGUUUGAAGUACUUGAUUGUUGGAUGAAAUAUUUUAUGUUAUACUCUGCCAUUCACAUUUCACUUGGACAGGUAUUUCCAGAACUGUUGUACAUAUUUCAUUUCUAUGCAGAGGUAGACUUUCAAGUGGUGAUCAUGGUAAACCCAUGGGGUUUUGAAUGUUAAAUUCAGUUGACAUUAGAAGUGUGCCAACUCAACCUGCUUCUAUGAUGUCGGAUUAAUAAUACACAUAUGUAUAUCAUACUGAAUGUCCUCUAUUUUAGAACCAGAGCUCUGCGUAAGCUGACAGCUUUAGGAUUAGUUUUGCUGGUGUCUUGACAUCUACACUGUAUAUCUGCAAUUGAAUGACUGCCGUGUAGUGUGCUUUAUAGAGUACAAAUGCUAGACAAAGGUGUGUGGUUGCCGUGCUCAUCUAACAUUAUGGUGCACUGUUAAGCUGUAUUGGUCAUCUCUCUCUGUUGUGCUCAAACCUGUGUGAUCUACAUAUCUAUUUAGACAACAGAAAGUAUCCUGUGUUGGUCUGAUCAUUACCCUGUAUGUGAAAAUACAUUUCCAUUUAAAUCUG